AUGGAGAGACCACUUUGGGUACGUUGGCUAAGGGUUUGGGCUGUUGGUGGAGCCAUUAUUGGUGCUGGAGCACUACUUUUCAAAUAUACGACUCCAACAGAUGAACAAUUGAUUAAUUCACUAUCACCAGAAUUGAGGUUGCAGUAUGAGAGGGAGAGGAAUCUACGUCAGGCAGAGCAAAAGGAAUUGAUGAAGAUUGUGAAAGAGACAUCCCAAAGCGACAGACCGAUUUGGGACACUGGUGCGAUUCAAUCACCUUGGGAGAAGAACGUUGAUCCGCAAUCCAAGGGAAGACAGAAUUUCGAACAGUUGAAGGCAGAGCAAGUCCAAAAGGAAGAGUUGGAUAGAAUUAGGAAUGAGCUGGCGCAGAUAAGAGAGCAGACUUCUUCAAAGACGGGCGAAAUUGUCCAGGGAAAGAAUAAGAGCUGGUGGAAACUCUGGUAA